CUUUUAAAACAAUUCACUCGGUCAAAAACAACUGAAAUGCCCUUCCCCACUAUUUUUCUCUCUAGCGACACACAUCACCACCAACAUUACGUCAUUCUUGCUCAAGCCCAGCCAGGUCAUGGCUGGACCGGAGAAUCAUGCAUUCCUCCAGUUUGAGGAGAAUAGUCCCGCGCUUGCUCGAUUAGCCACCAUUCGUCACAAGGCGUUAGAGCCUGCUCGGACAAUUUCAUGGACCACUUUGCAGACACUCGGGGUGAAGGAACGUGCAAAAACUUUUCUCCCGAGUGCGUGGCAGCGGCUUUUUGCAAUCCAGCAACCUCAGUAUCGGGAGCUCGUUCUUGAGUUUUGUUCCACUUAUGAGUUUGCUUUGUCGUGCCAUGAUUUGUUUGAUGAUCAGGCUAUUCGCUUCCGAUUAGGGGGUCAUGACCACCACUUAUCUGUUGCGCAGUUGGGACUGCGUAUGGGCAUUUACACAGAGGCUGAAGUACAGAGACGUUGUUUCAGAAGGGCUUUAAAACAGAUUCCAAAUGAUACCGCCACUGCAUUCUGGCACGAGAUUGGUGAGGGGCCGUACAACCCCACUGUCACCAAGGCCACCCAUCUUCGUGAUCCAUUCCACCGGUACUUCCAUCGGGUACUCGCUCACACGAUCGCUGGUCGGGGUGAGGGCACCGCUGUCUGCACACUUAAAGAUCUGUUCUUUCUGUAUUGUCUUGUCCACACCAGAAGCGAUGUAACUUGGCUUAUGCGCUAGCAUUAUUUUUCACCACAUGCACAGGGUCGAGGGUUACUAGCCGCAUAUGUGGAGGCUCAUACAUUACACAGUUGGCCCACUCAUUCGAGUUCAUGACAGAUGAUAUUAUUGCUGACUUGACUGUGUCCGAUCGCACCACGACCGUUAAUAAACCAAUGUUAGUGCGCUUGAAGCUUGUUAAUCAAUUUCGGGAGUUGGGUUGGAGAUUUAUUAGGGCUAAUGGAGGGCCUUGGACACCAGAGGAGAGAGAGGAGGCUGAGCCAGUGGGAGAGCCCGGCCAUGCAGCAGAGCCAGAUAUGCGCGCUGAGGGUGGGGAUGUACUACAACCUGAUGAUCUUAGGUCCCGCCUUGACAGACAGGAUGCGAGGUUGGCCCAGUUAUGGACAUGUAUGCAGUGGGUGAUGGAGGAGUUACAGGAUUCAGCGAGAGUUGUAGGUAGGAUUGUGCGUCCACUACCGGUCAUUCUACGGGGUCCACCACGUGAUCAGCCAGAUGUCCACAUAGAGGGCUAGUCUGAUCCCCUCCCACCAUCUUUUGGGUUAUGAUAUUGAGUUGUACUUUUUGGUUUUAUAUGUACAAACUCGCUACUUCAUCUUUUGUACUUUUUAUGGUUGUUAGUUUAUUUAGUGCUUUCCUUUACAUGCUUUA